AAACAUGCCAAACGCAGUUUAAAGAUUCAACCGACAACCUCGAAUUUAUACCACAAAUUAUAGCAAACGACAUAAAUUUGCGAAACUUCCAACUUGAAACAUUUUCCACAUCCCAAAAUGGCCGCUGUUCAAGAGGGAUCCCGCGCCAGCAUGCGCCGGCAGACAUCAGUGCCUUUGGAGGGGUCGAUGAGCGACACGCUACCAAGCAUCAACUUUGGAUUCGACGAUUUACGCGACCGCAUGGCGAAAUUCACUGUUAAAUUCGAUAAUUUUAUUGAGCAAGGGCGCAAACGCGUCUUAGAAGAGCGAAACCAGUUCCGCAUGAAUGUCGCAGAGCUUCACGAGGACGAACGAAUGCGAAGAAAGGACAUUGAAAUUGUACAAAUUAAGACAACAACACACCAACACACUGUCGAUCGAGAGGAGGCUGAGAAGCGUGAAAUGGAGAGUGCCAUUGCUAGCUUAGCCUCACAGCGAGACCAACAUCUGCAACAGCGCGAUAACCUCAAGGCGCAAAUCGCUGAGACACAGAUUGAGAUUGAGAACCGUCUAAACGCGCAGCGAGAACACCAGAAGCACCAAGAUGCGCAGUCCAGAUUCAACGUUCCCGAGCUUGACUUUUGGAUGUCGACGCUCUGUCUACGAAUCGACGGUGCGGGCCGCGACGACCGCCUGAAGUUUACAUUUACGCAUAUCGACGAAAAGAACUGGGAGCGCGAGGCUUGGUUCGAGCUGGUGACGAGCUCGCGCGACUACGAUGUCAAGCAUUGCAGACCCAAGCUGGAGCGUGAGGCCGUGGAGCGGGUGCUGGACCGCGUUAACGAGUCACGAGAAUUGGUGGUGCUACUGAAAGGCAUGCGACAGCUCUUUGUUGAGGCUAUGAAGUCUUGAGGAAUUAAAGUAUUUGCUAUAUGACUGCAUUUUAUGGGCGUUUUGGGAAUGGGGAGGACUGGCAUGGAUAGAUAUACCCAGUUAAGCAGAAUUAUCCUCAAAUGAAAUGUUAUAUAAUCCUGUA